CUGAGUUAACGAUUGAAACCGACAUGAACCCACAAACGUCUGCGUUGAAUUGCGCAAUGAUGUGUUUUGAUUUUCCCGACGCUGCGUAUUUCACCUAUGUCAGGACAAAUUACAUGUGCACGUGCCGCAAUGAAUUGGAAGACGUACUCAUUAACGAAGUUGUUCUCAUCUUGGACGACAUGUCUUCUGUCGACCAUGACGGGGAGUCGAAUGUGGAGAUCUGCACUAAGUUGUGUAUUCAUAUGGAUAUUCCAGAAGCUGUAGAAUCUGUUUCCUACAUAAGAACAGACGACACGUGUUAUUGCCAUAGUGUGACAGACCAGCCCAUCUUCAACAUAUACGGGAAAAUGUGGGAGGAGGUGCGGGAGUUGCGGUCUGAGUGUUUGGAGGAGACACCUAAAUCGGGGAAACUUCGCUAUGGCUACCAGACAGGAAACUUUACAUGCACCAGUGAAUGAAACACAGGCCCCGGAAUUUAGUCACUUAAGUUACCAAUUUAACUUUCACGUAUUAAUUUUCAAAACUGAGUAAAGCUAAAUAAUCGGCGAGGAAUAGAUUAUUGGCGCUUAUUCAGUAGGUAACAUCAGGUGAAUUAUUGAAAUUCUCGGAAUGUUUUUUCCCAUCGUGGAUAGAGAUGAAUAAUUAUCGAAACCAUGCAAAUUGCAUUUUUUGUUUCCGAAUGUAAACUUUGUAAUUGUUCAAAUUCAAGUUUGCGGUUUUUGUGUUGGAUCGACCCAGUAUCAUCCAAAAAAUCCGAAAAUGUAAUUUUUAGACAUCGUCCGUACGUGUGCGUAUGUGUGUACGUAUGUGACAAAGUUAUUCUUCAAUCGUUCCCCAAUGAAUGGAUGGAAUUGAAUCCUUUUUCUAAAAUUUUGGAAUUGUUGAGCCCUAUCAAUUUCCAUUAAUGAAAAUUCAAUUUAUCGAUUAGUUUUCUUUAGUUUUCGAUGUUUUUCGAAAACCGGUUGUCCCACGAUAACUAAAAAAAUGUUCUGAAUUGAUUAAAUGAUGGC